AUGAUGGAUCUUAUCGAACCACAUGUCGCACUCACACAUGAUCGAAUCGAUUUCGAUGUGAAUAAUCUUUCAUUAGAAAAGGAUUAUACCAAAGAACUGGGUAUGAGAGUUGACACGCGACCUAGACCGUACUCGAUUGAUCUCGAGGCGAUUGUGGAUAAUAUCAAACAUAAACACUUUCAAUUGUUACGCCCAACCGAUCAUACCAUUAAUAACCGCAUUCAAAAAAUGAUCUCUCGCGGUUGGACGAAAACAGGGACAGAUCUGAACUUCAUUCCUAAUCCACCACCCAGAUGUGAUGCUAUCGUUGUUCCCGUACCUCAAAUUGCUGAUAUCUACCAAUCAAUAGUACAACAGCUCCAAAACAAUGUUGGCAUUCAAGUCAAAGUUCAUUCUAUUGUUCAGAUUAAAAAUCCAUCAUUGGAGGAGGCAUAUCUAGCGAUAAAACAGCUGAUUGCUAAAGAAUGUGUCGGAGGAAAUCCGAAUGAACGACUCUUAUUUCAUGGCACGAGUGGUACAUCUAUUGAUGGAAUAUUGAAUGAUGGAUUCGAUGAUCGUUAUUGGAAUUCCGGGAAAUGGGGUAAAUAUUCUAGCAGAAAGCUCAGGUUUU